AUGGCUCCAAGAAGAAAUAGGCUGAGUGGGGCUGAAUACAAGAAAAUAGCUAAGCUCAAAGAAUUUAAUUUGAAUAAAGUUGUUCAAAAAACUAUUAAAAUCGACACAAUGUUCAAAAAGUUAGGUAUGGUUAAUGAAUCUGCUGAACAACUUCAAACUAGCCCUAUAGCUCUUUGUGAUAAUUUGGAUACUGAACCUUUACAUGUCGGAGAAAACAAUAUUUCCAUAGAAACAAAAUCCAGUGAAAUAGCCAAUCCUGAAACAUUGAAUCCUCAAGCAUUAGUUGUAAUCAAUGAAAAAUCUGUUGAUCAAUCCAAAAUUGACCCAACAGUUAUUUGUUUUUUAAAUUCUGACCCUUCAUGCUCAGAACAGUCGGAUCAUAUAAAUAUUUUAUCAGAACCAAAUUCUACUGAUAUACCUGGAUUGGACCCAGCAUUUUGGUGUAUAAAUGAACAAACGAGGCAAUAUAUACGUAAAAAUGGAUUUAGUCAAAAUCUAGAUGUUAAAUUUACAGCUUUAAAAAGAUUAGAUUAUUUAUCUUAUUUUGAGAGUACUGGAUCAAUUUAUUGUGUUCCAUGUCUCUUAUUUGAGAAUAAAACUAAUUUUUCAAAAACAGGAUUUUCAGAUUGGAAACACCCUAAAAAAAUUUCUUAUCAUGAAAAUUCACCGGAACACAAACUAUGUUCCUAUAAAAUGAAAGAACUUGCAUCAGAUUUAAGUAAAAUAAAUACAAAACUAAUGCAUCAAAUAGAAACCGAAAAAAAAUAUUGGAUUAGUCUACUGACCAGAGUUUGUUCAGUUGUUAAAAGUUUGGCAAGCCAUGGAUUAUCAUUUAGAGGUGAUAUAGAAAAAUUUGGUUCAUCUACUUCAAACACUGGCAAUUUUAUUAUGAUGAUGGAAUUACCUGCAGAGUACGACCCACUUUUAUCAAAACAUAUAUCUAAGUAUGGUAACCCUGGCAAAGGUAAUACUUCCUACUUAUCAUUUUCUACUUAUGAACAGUUCAUUAAAAUCAUGUCUGAAAAAGUCAUUAAUACCAUAGUUGAUGAAAUUAAAUCAUCGAAAUAUUUUUCUAACAGUAUAGACUCCACUCCAGAUAUAUCACAUACUGACCAACUGUCUUUCGUUAUAAGGUAUGUGAUAUCGAACGGUGAGCCAAUUGAAAGAUUUAUUGGUUUUUUAGAAAAUGUUGGACAUAAAUCAGAAAAUCUAGCAGAAUCAGUUUUAUCAGUUUUAAAAAAAUAUAAUUUAGAUGUUUGUUAUUUGAGAGGUCAAUCUUAUUACAAUGCUAAAAACAUGUCUGGUAUUUAUUCAGGAGUUCAAGCAAGAAUAAAGCAAGUUUCACCAUUAGCUGAUUUUGUACCAUGUUCGGCACAUUCUUUGAACUUAGUCGGAUCUUGUGCUGCAAAUUGCUGUAAAGAAUUUAUCCACCACGCGAUGGUCAGCAAAAGAAGACGCUUGCCACAGUUUAAAAAAAACUGGAGUUCUAUUAAACAAGUAUUAGAAGAACUAAUAAAUGAUGAUUAUGAAAAACCAUUUGUACGGUCUGAAGCCAGAGGUUUAAUUAGACAAAUGAAUAAAUUAGAAACAGCAUAUAUGACUGUAUUUUGGAGUGAUAUUUUACAUACAUUUAACAAAACUAGUCUUCUAUUACAAUCUGUUGAUAUUGAUAUAAGUACUGUAGUUAGUUUGUAUAAUUCAUUAAUUGAAUAUGUUCAAACUUUACGAUCAAUGUUUAAUGAUUACGAAAAGUUGGCAAAAGCUAUGUUUGACAAUGCUGACUUAAUUCCUGACUAUGAACACAAAAAUAGAAAACGUAAGAAACGUAAUGAUGAAUCUUUUGAACCAGAUGCUAUUUUCAACGGACUGAACAAAAAACCUCAGAUGUUCGUGAUGGUGCAAAAAAAUUAA